AAAUCCGUCGCCGUCCCGGUCAGCGCGGCAGUGGCGGUAAAAUUCUUUUGUCUCGGCGAUGGCGGUAAAAUUGUGUCCGGCUUCAUUUAACCGCCGCAAACUUGCAAAUUGCCGGGUCUCGUGUGAUAAUGCGUUUCACUAUAUUAAUCUCCUCAGUCUUCGCGGAGAGUAGGUAUACCGUACACGCGUUUUCGGUUAAUUAUAAAUAUUGUAUUAUCAAUUUUACGCCCAAUUGUAUCGAUUCAUAAUUUAUUGUUAUAUUAAUUUUGAAUUUUUUUUUUUAAUAAUAUUAUUACUGCACACCGCGGCGCCGUCGAAUUCGCAGUCGUGUUGGCUAACUCGUGAUAAUAACCAACACAGGUCAGUUGUAUCAUUGACUAACUCUCUCGCCGAAUUCCCCAUCGUCGACACGUCCGAAGUCGCUGCUCCAGGUUCUCGUACACACCGACACGCGACAAAUUUUUAAAUUAUUUUCAAAGGUGUUGUGCCAGUAAAAGAAAUGGAUGGCUUACAGACUUCAUCAUUUGAAAGUGAUCUAAAACAAGUUCUGACAUCCAAAGAAUGUGAACAUACAAAUUUCAGAAAUAACUCUCACUCUGUUAGGAUACUGGAAAACUUACAGUCUCUACGCAAAAAUGAAGUUUUAUGUGACAUCAGUAUACAAACAGAUGAUGAUAAAAUUGUAAUUGGACACAAAAAUGUUUUAAUAGCAGGUAGUCCAUAUUUCCGUGCAAUGUUUAGUGAUUUUGAUGAGAGCUAUAAAGAUCUUGUUAAUAUAAGAGAAUUAGAUUCUUCCAUUUUACAACUAUUAGUAGAUUAUAUUUAUACUGGAGAAAUUAUGGUCUCAAAAGAAAAUGUACAGGUGUUGUUACCAGCCGCAAAUGUCUUACAGUUAGAUUUUGUAAUUGAUGCAUGUGUUGAGUUUAUACAAAAACAACUAGUUCCAUCAAAUUGUCUUCGAAUCAAAGCGUUUGCUGAUUUACAUAACUGUACGGAAUUGUUAUCAAUUUCUGAAGCAUUAAUAAAAAACCAGUUUUUAGAAGUGGUUAAAAGUGAUGAGUUCCUAUCUUUAUCUUCUGAAGCUUUGAUGAAACUUAUUUCAUGUAAUGACCUUGCUGUUCCAUUCGAAGAAAAGGUAUUUGAAUGUGUUAUUAAAUGGGUAAAACAUGAUUUGGAUCGGAGAAAGGAUUUUUUGCAUGAAUUAAUGGAACAUGUACGUUUGCCACUAUUAAGGCCUGAUAUUUUAGAUAAUGUAGUUGAAGAACCUCUUCUAAAUAAUAGUCCUAAAUGUAACAAAUUUAUAAUUGAAGCAUUACGUUUUAAUCUACAAAAAUUGGUUUGUCAUUUUUCCAUUCCAAAAUCGAUUAGAUGUAAACCUAGGCAGUUUGGUGGUUCACAAAAAGUUAUUUUAAUGUUCAAUCAGUCUUACACAUCUCCAAAGUGUUAUACAGAAUGGUAUGACCCAGCAACCAAACUACAUGAGAAUGCACCAGGGAUAAAUGAUUGUCGUGAGACAGCUGGCUUUGGCGUAAUAAGUGAUCAAUUUGUGUUUGUUGUGGGUGGUGUGAAUGGAAAAAGUUCUAAAUCUGUUAGUAUGCUUGAUGUAUCUUCACAAUCGCCCUCUUGGGUUCCAAUGGUGGACAUGUUAGUUAGUAGGAGGCGAUUGGGAGUUGGGAUAUUGAAUGAUUGUAUUUAUGCAGUUGGUGGACUUGACGACACCUGCUUAUUAAAUAGUGUAGAGGUCUUUGAUGUCAGUAUUCAAAAAUGGCAAAUGGUUUCGAGUAUGUCAAUUGAGAGAAGUAAUUGUGGUGUUGGUGUUUUCAAUAAUCAUUUAUAUGCGGUUGGAGGUUUUAGUAGUAAAAAUUUGAAAUCAGUGGAAUAUUAUGACCCCAGUCUCGACAAAUGGACUCCAGUUGCAGAAAUGUCUGUAUCUCGUCAAGGUGUUGGUGUAGGAGUCUUGGACGGUCUUAUGUAUGCUAUUGGCGGCUUUAAUGGCAGAGUGUGUCUUAAAAGUGGUGAGGUUUACAGACCAAAUGAUGGAGUUUGGUCUGCUGUAGCUGAUAUGGAAAUAUGCCGAUUUCGUCCUGGAGUAGUGGCAUUAGAUGGUUUAUUGUAUGUUAUUGGCGGAGAAACUGACAAAUCUAUUGUUGAUACUGUAGAAAUUUACGACCCACUCACCAAUACUUGGACCAUGGAGACAUUGUCUAGACAUGGAGUACACAUUUAUGGAGGAGUAGUCAUUGAUAGACCACCACCAAUUAAUCAGUACACAGAAUGAUCUUAUUGUUGAUAGUAAUAUAUUAAUGGGUAUAUUUAUGUAUUAUACAUAUAUUUAUGUAAUAAUUUAUAGUAAUAUACAUAUAUUUAUGUAUAAUUUAUGAUGAAAUAUGUAUAAUACAUAGUUAACAAAAAUAACUGUUCAAUACAUAUUUGUUUUUGUGAAUGUUUGAUUAUACAUAAUGCGUACCUAAAUUGUAUUUUAUAAUUUAAAUUGAUUAUUUACAAAUUAAAUAAAUAAG